AUGAUUAUUUACAAAGAUGUCAUAAACGGGGAGGAAUUAGUCUCUGACGCUUACAGAGUUAAAGAAGUCGAUGACAUUGCUUACGAAGUUGAUGGCAAGCUUGUCACAGUCAAAGCCGGCGCAGACGUCGAUAUCGGUGCAAAUCCGUCAGCAGAAGAGCAAGAAGAAGCUCUCGAAGAAGGAUCAUCCCAAGUUAUUGACAUAGUUCACGCAUUCCGUCUCCAAGCAGCUUCCUUUGAUAAGAAGUCUUACAUGAGCUAUAUCAAAGCUUAUCUGAAAAAAGUCAAGGAACAUCUUUCAAAUACUAAUCCGGAUCGAGUACCGGUUUUUGAGAAACAAGUGGCUGCUUUCGUUAAAAAGGUUAUUGGCGCCAUUGGAGAUUAUGAAUUUUAUGUUCCUCCAGGUUUUUAUAAUAGUGAGGUAGAGGGAAUGGUCAUAUUGUUGAACUAUCGUGAAGAUGGUAUGACCCCUUAUUUCACAUUCCUCAAAGAUGGACUCAAGGAAGAAAAAGUGGUAUGUCAUCGUAUUUUGAUUUGA